UUGCAAUCAAAUAUAUUGAACAAACUUUUAAUUAUCUUAUUAGACCAGAAUACAAAAUGUGGUCAUUCUUUCUUAUAGCACUUUUGAUUCCUCUUUCUGCUUGUCUGAGUAUUCCUCCACAGCCACUAGUUGCCAAACCAAUUGUUAUGUGGCAUGGAAUGGGUGAUUGUUGCUGCAAUCCACUCAGUUUGGGAAGAAUAACAAAGUUUCUGGAACAGCAGAUGCCCAAUGUUUAUGUUAAAUCAAUAAUGAUUGGCAAUAACGUUGUUGAGGACACAGAAAAUGGUUUCUUCAUGAAUGUGAACGAUCAAGUAAAGAUGGUAUGUGAACAGCUGGCUUCAGACUCUCAACUAAAUGAAGGUUAUAACGCAAUUGGCUUCUCGCAGGGAGCUCAGUUCUUACGAGCAGUGGCUCAGAGGUGUCCGUCGCCACGGAUGCUCAACUUUAUCUCCCUGGGAGGACAACACCAGGGUGUGUAUGGCUUACCCAACUGUUUCUAUCCUCAACACAAGAUAUGUGACUAUGUCAGGAAACUCUUGAACGUUGGAGCAUACUGGGGAUGGCUUCAAAAUGAUUUCGUCCAAGCAGAGUAUUGGCACGAUCCACUGAAUGAGGAGAAAUACCGACGCAAGAGUGUGUUCCUGGCCGACAUCAACAACGAGCUGGCAGUAAAUGAAAGCUAUCGGCAAAAUCUUUUGAACCUCAAGAGUUUUGUGAUGGUGCAAUUCGAAGAAGACUCUAUGGUUGAGCCCAAAGAUAGUUCGUGGUUUGGCUUCUAUACGCCAGGACAAGGAGUGGAAAUCACUCCUCUCAACCAGUCCCGGAUAUAUCUGGAGGACAGACUGGGACUCAGAGAGCUAGAUAAGAGUGGAAGACUGCACUUCCUGUCUGUGCCUGGUGACCACUUGCAGUUCACUGAGGAUUGGUUCAAGUCUGCCAUCAUUGACAAGUACCUCCGCUAAUCCAGCCCCAGUAUAUCUAGGCCAUAACUUUGCUAUGGCAUAGUAUGUAGAUUGAGUGUACAACAGAAACACAUUAUGACAAGAGUAUAGGGUGUACUUUCUAUGACUGAGUAGUGUUAGCUUGCAGUAAGUAAAUAGUGUUCUUGUAUCUUGUAAACAAGGUAUAAACUUUUAUAAUCUCUUUUAUACGUCUGAAGUGAUGUUUUAUAAAGAAAGAUCCAAGAAUCUUCUAUAAUUUGUUCUUAUAUUAUUUUUUAUAAUUUUCCCCUCAACAACAUAACAUUUAUUUUGAAGUUAGUUUUUUUUAAUGUAGCAUUAACAUAUUUGUUAGCAAUGGUAUUGUGUGUGGUAUGUAAUCUAACAUUAGACAUUACUUUGCUCAGUAGUCAAAGUUUUAAAACUGUAACAUUCAACUAUAACUCCACAAGGUGUUAAAUAAAAAGAUCAAACUGAGAAUAUACCAAUACCAUUAAAAAAAUGUACUCUUUGAACACAUUAUAGAAGCAUGUUAACUGCAGAAUUGAUGACGGACAGUUCCUGCUCAAUAAUGACUUUAGGUAUUGGCCUAACAGUAAAUCUGAAUGGUUCCUCAUCAGCCAAUAUCGGUGCAGGCUUUUUAAAGACUUAUUUCAAAUUGAGUGGGACUUCUUUUGGUAGUUGCAGAACUUUGUAAUUCAGUGGCAUUCCUUUCACCUGAUGCCUCGCCUCUAAUGGAAAGUCCAAGAGCUGGCUGCACUCCGAUGUCAACUCUGUAGUCUGUUAAAAACAUAAAGACAGGCAGAAUAAGGUUUAAAAAGAUGAUUAGCCUCUCUUUUGCCAUAAGGAAAAUUCCUGAAAAAAUUGAGACAUUGCAACAACAAAAAGUCUUAUAGCAAUAAGUAGAUGGUAAAAAGACCGGCAAACCUUGAUGUAAAUCUUUAGUCAAGCACAGACAACAUGAUUCCUAUUAGUGGGUCGUUUGUCUCGACUAAAGCUCUUUUGAUAGGGUCCAACAUGAGUGGAUCUUAAAAAUUAAAACCUUUGAGAAUGAAUUCCCUUAAGUGAAGUUAGCUUUGAAAGGAACGAGAUUUGAGACUGUUGAAGCAGUAAAAGAAAAAGUGAUGAAAAUCAUGAACAAGGUUGUGGAAAAUUAUCAGCUAUGGGUGGAAUAAGUUCCGGAGCUAGACAAAACACAAGGAGGGGUGAGGGAGGUGUCAUGAUAUUCAACCUUAUUACGUUCAUUCUGUAGCUCCUCCAAUACUAAUCCAGUUAUUUUCUAGCUACACAUCGUAUAACAACUUCAGUGUUAUGUAAAUGAGCAGAGGGCUGACCAACACCGAUUUUGAGUAAUGUAUUAAAUUCACAGACAGCUGAUUCAGUGAAAAGUACAGUGAUACCUUCUCUGGAUCAGACAGUGGAUGUGCUUCUUUGAAAGCUUCCAAAAAGCUGAUGUGCUUCUUUGAAUAAAAUAAAUUUAAAUUAUGAGAUUUUAAAAUCUCUGAAUAACAUGGAACAGUUUUACUUUCAUAAAAAAAAAACUAAUUCUAAAGAGUAAACAAAAAUUACACAUAUUUUCACCAGAGAUUAAUAAUGAAAUGUAUACAAUGAAAACUACACUAUACAUUGGUGUAUACGAAAUAUAAUCUUUACAUAAUGUGUGUUCUUAUGGUGUACUUGAUUGUAUGUCUACAAUAAACAAUGGUGUACUAAGUCAAAUAUAAUUAUUUCUGUUUUCUUAACACGUUGACUGUAGCAGACACGUUACACCUAUACUGAGAGCAGCCGGACUCACUCGGUCUAGACCAGUGGUGAUGGUGUUAAACUGCAGUCCUUUCUAACAUAAAGCGAUGAUAAUUUCCUGUAAAACUAAAUGCAAUCAUCAUAAUUUAAAAUUUUAGAAAUUAGGAACUUUUAAUUUAUUGCUUGAUUUUUAAAUAAUUCAAGUUCAGUUCCACUGAACGCGUUUAUAUUCAUUUUUCUUUGUUUGUAAUAAUAUAUGACUUACUGUGAGAUCCUGCUUAUUGUGUUCUCAGUUAAUGUAGCCAUUCCAAAACUGUGAUAGUCGAAAACACUGAAAUAUGGUUAAGGAAUAAAGUUUGCCAUAUUUUUAUAUUGUUUAUAUAUUUUACUUUGAAACUCUGCUGUAGUACAUUUUAACUUGUGGUGCCUUUAAUUAUUAUGGGCGUGAUUACUAAUUUUUAAUUAUUAGUAGUAGCUGUCAUGGCUGUGAAAUAUUUUAAGCUAUACUGUAAAGUGAACUGUUACAUUAUACAAAAAACCACAAGAGAGU